AUGCGCCGACCCGUCCAUCUGCUCGUGGCUGUGGCUGUGGCUGUGCUGUUUCUCUCUACGGGUGAGGUGAUUGUCACCACGGCGUCGACGGAGCACUCAUCUCUUCGUUCGACUUCUUCGACUGGUGUUGCUGCCCGCCACGACGCCCGAUCAUUGCGAGCGCUGAAUGGCUUUAGCCAGCUCUCGGCGUCGUGGGCUGCGGAGAUCAAGCGUUACGUACCAGGAACUGCUAAAUACGACGCAGCAAAGAAGGCUAGAGCUGAGAAAGCCGAGGCCUUACGGACGAAGAAAGCCGUAGAAGCACAGAAGAUGAGAGAUUCUGAAACAGCUAAAGUAGCAAAUGAAGCAGAGAUGGUGUUACGAGAGCUGCUCGGCCAUAACGACCAGAAGGCAAUGGCGAAGUUGAUCGAUGACACAGGAGGAUUUGAAAACUUUGUGGUGAAGCUAUCAGAGAAACCCGAAUUAUGCAGUGAAUUGCUGUUGAAGCCGUUAGCAUUUCAUCACCAGAAUAUUCUUCGGGUUACAGAAUUGCUUGUAGAUGCAACAAUCUAUAAAUCUUUUGAAGUGCGGGCUGCAGCUUUGAAGAUCGCUCACAUGUACAAACUGUUCCGUGCACAACUUUAG